UGAUACGAUAAACUUGCAAGGAUGAAGAUCCUGCUAGUAUCGCUCUGCGUGUUUGCUUUGGCAAACGCUUUCCCCGUCGAUGAGUUCCCCGUGGAAGAGAUUGGCGAAGAACAUGUCCCCACGGAUGAAUGGGCUCUGGUUCCUGACGGGAAUGGCCAUCUGCAUUUGGUUAACACCGACCCGUACGGACUGGCAGGACUAGAGGAACCGGAACCGUUGUUCAACCCCGCUACCGAUACCAUCUUCCGGUUGUUCACGCGUAACAAUCGUAACGCUGGUCACGUGAUCCAACUGGGCAACGCCGGAACUCUUGGUCCUCACUGGAAUCCCGGUCGUCAAACGCGAUUCAUCAUCCACGGCUGGAACAACAACGGUGAAUCACCGGUCAAUGUAAACAUCCGUAAUGCUUAUCUGGAUCGUGCCGACAUGAACGUGAUCGUCGUUGACUGGGGCGCAGGUGCCCAAAAUCCGAACUACAUUACGGCCCGAAACCACAUCAACGCCGUCGGCCAGACAGUGGCCAACUUUGUGGACUUCUUAAGCAAUAACGGAAUCACGUUUCACAACGUCUACAUCGUGGGGCACAGCUUGGGAGCUCAUACGGCGGGUAUCGCCGGUAAGCGUGUUACCCGAGGUCGUCUACACACAAUUUUCGCUCUAGAUCCGGCUCUUCCACUGUUCUCAAUCGACGCUCCCAAUGAACGUGUAGCUCCAACGGACGCUCAGUAUGUAGAGGUGAUCCACACGAACGCUGGACUGCUGGGUUUUGACCUUCCGAUUGGGCAGGCCUCGUUCUACCCGAACGGAGGACGAACCCAGCCCGGAUGUGGCGUAGAUAUCAGCGGAGCUUGUGCCCACGGUCGCGCUGUAGAAUUCUUCACGGAAUCGCUGCGAACUAAUCCGAGCCGAUUCAACUCGGUUCGCUGCCAGAACUUUGAUCAGAUCCUGAACAACAACUGCGUGUCGAGCGGGCCGAACCGAAACAUGGGAGGUGAACCGUCCAACAUUGGACUGGCUAGUGGAGUCUACCAUCUGUUGACCAAUGCUGCUAGUCCGUUUGCCAGAGGAUAACAUGUCUAAUAAAUAUUUUUGUUAAACAAA